UGCUCAAUGAAUAACAUUUUACAGAUUACAAUUUUCUCCAUCGAAACAUCCAUAAGAGGGCUGUAAAACAGUUCUCUUCCGCUAAAUUAGCUCAGAACCAUAAAUUGAGAAUUCUACCAUUAUUUCUGCUUUUUUUCUUACCAGAUCCGUUAGUAGUUUGAAAAGAUUAUGGAUGAGACAGAAAAUGAUGGAGUUCUCCUACAUUGGUUUCGAUUUGAUCUUCGCUUCCAUGAUAUGCCCGCUCUUAAAUCUGGGCUAAAGAAAUGCUUCAGUCUGUAUCCAGUUUAUAUUUUUGAUGAAGAGGACAUCAUUUCUCAGAAGUUUGGAUAUAAUCGUCUCAGAUUUAUUUUGGAUUCAUUGAAGGAUAUCAAUCAUAAAUUGCAAAAACAUAAUGGAAGAAACAGCAAAGCUUUUGGGGUGUGCAAGAGGUACGGUGUCAGAGGUUAUGACAGCAUACACCAAAGAAGGUUGUACGUCUUCAAAGGAAAGCCUAUUGAUGUAUUAAAUGAUCUCUUCAACAAAUGGAAAAUAACUCACUUGUCGUUUGAACAUGACAUUCAACCUUCUUGGGUUACAUUUAAAGACAAGAUCCAUAAAAUUUGUGAGCACAACAAUGUCCAAAUUAUUGAAGGUGUAUCUCGCACUUUAUGGAAGACAGAGGAUAUUGUAGAAACUAAUGGUGGUUCUCCACCCGUAACAUAUGAUUUAUUUUGUCAAGUGGUUGAAAGUCUUGGUCCACCUCAACGCCCUGAUUCUGAAAUAAGUUUUCAAGAUGUAACUGUUGCUGUAAAAGAUAUGCCCCAUUCAAAAAUUCCUGCAUGUCCUGAAGAAUUAGGCACCAUUAUGGAAUGUCCUGAACAAAAGAAGAAGGUUUGGCAAGGAGGUGAAACUCGUGCAUUAGAGCAUUUGGCAGAACGUAUGAAAAUUGAGGAAAAUGCUCAUGCAGAAGGUUAUUUUAUGCCAAACCAAUUGUCACCUGAUCUACUUGGACCUCCAAUGUCUAUGAGUGCAGCACUAAGUAACGGUUGUCUAUCUGUUAGAAAGUUUUAUUGGAGCCUUCGAGAUUUGGAUAAGACUGUAGAGCCUGAUGAAUUUGUUAGAGAUGGACUUGUUGGUCAGCUCAUAUGGAGAGAAUACUUUUACACUAUGUGUAUGAAUAACCCAAAUUUUCAUAAAAUGUUAGGAAAUCCUAUUUGUUUAAACAUAGAUUGGAUUCAGGACGACGAGAUGCUUGAAGCUUGGACAAAAGGAAGAACUGGCUUCCCACUUAUUGAUGCAGCUAUGAGGCAGUUACUUCAAGAAGGUUGGAUUCACCAUGUUGCUCGAAAUUCCGUUGCUUGUUUUCUUACCAGAGGGGAUUUGUGGAUAUCAUGGGAAGAAGGAUUAAAGGUAUUCCUAAAAUAUCUUGUGGAUGCAGAUCUACCUGUUUGUGCUGGUAACUGGAUGUGGGUUUCAAGUUCUGCAUUUGAGGUUGUAUUGCAAAGUUCUUUGUGUAUUUCGCCCACCUCAUAUUUACGUCGUUUUGAGCCUUCUGGACAGUACAUAAAAAAGUAUGUGAAAGAACUAAGCAAUAUGCCUGGAGAGUACUUGUUUGAGCCUUGGCUUGCUCCUCUAGAAGUUCAAAAGUCAGCUGGUUGUAUUCUAGGUAAAGAUUAUCCAUUGCCCAUAGUUGAACACCAAGCAGCAUCAGAGAAGAAUUCUGAAAAAAUGGAUUCAGUUAAAGCUAUGUUCCUUCCAACUUCGAUUCCUGUUCAUUAUGCUCCCAGUAAUUCUUCUGAAGCAUGUGUUUUCUUAUGGUUACCAGAAAAUUGUCUUGAUAGUUUGUCUUAA